ACGUCGUCCAGUGCGACAGUGUGACACGCAAACGGCGCGACAGGCGCGGUGUACGGGCGGCGGUAGUCGGAGAGGGCUGCGGGCUGGGGCAGGGUGAGGGCGGAGGAGGCGGUGCUGCCAUUCCCUGCUGGUUUCCUGUAUCCCCGCUUCCUCUCGGUUUCCCAGCGCUCUCUUCAUGUGAGGAGGGGGGGAAUAAGGGCGACUUCUUUCCCUCCCCCUGGUUGCGCUCGGAGCCUCCCUCCAUUCCCCCAGGUGCUCGGACAAGAGCAGCCGGAACCGCAAUGGCGUCCAACCCGGACAGGGCGAUCAUCCUGACCGACUACCAGAAAGAAGUUGUCAACAGACGUGAUCUGUGCAAGACUGAGGAAAGAAAGGAAAGAGACCGACUCCAGUCAGAGGAGACGUCACCUGACACCAGAACCCACAUGGCUCCCGAACCCAUGGGUAUUAAUCAGAAACUAGAUUUUUCCGAUCCUCUCACACAGCCAAAUUUGGAUGAAAUAAAAGACCAGAUCAAGCGCGAAAUUAGAAAAGAACUUAAAAUUAAAGAAGGAGCCGAAAACCUGCGCAAGGUUACGACGGACAAAAAGAAUUUGGCAUAUGUGGAUAAUAUAUUAAAAAAAUCCAACAAAAAACUAGAAGAGCUCCAUAACAGCCUGCAGGAAAUAAAUGCACACAUCGUGGUGCGGGAAGCUGAGGAUCUGCCAGAUUGUCCCAAAACACCAGACACUCCAAAAAGCGACUCCGGCUCAUCUGCAAGCAAUGGAAGGCUGAAGGCUUUGCAGAAGCAGUUAGACAUUGAGCUGAAAGUGAAGCAGGGCGCCGAAAAUAUGAUUCAGACAUACUCAAAUGGGCCCUCAAAAGACAGAAAGAUGCUUGGCACUGCCCAGCAAAUGCUUCAAGACAGCAAAACAAAGAUUGAAGUCAUACGCAUGCAGAUCCUUCAAGCCAUGCAGCAGACCAAUGAAACCUCCUUUGACACUGCAAAACCUGUGAUUAGUCCUCUUGAGCUCCGAAUGGAAGAAUUGCGGCAUCAUUUUAGGAUAGAGUUUGCGGUGGCAGAAGGCGCUAAAAACGUUAUGAAGCUGCUAGGAUCUGGGAAGGUUACAGACAGGAAGGCCCUCACUGAAGCUCAGUCAAGAUUUAAUGAGUCUAGUCAGAAGCUGGACCUCCUGAAAUAUUCUCUAGAACAAAGGCUCAGUGAGCUCCCAAAAAAUCACCCGAAAAGCAGUAUCAUCAUAGAAGAGCUCUCAAUGGUUGCAUCUCCAACGCUAAGCCCACGACAAAGUAUGAUCUCUACACAGAACAAGUACAGCACACUAUCCAAGCCAGCCGCCCUAACAGGUACCCUGGAAGUCCGGCUCAUGGGCUGCCAGGACAUUCUUGAGAAUGUCCCUGGUAGGUCGAAAGCAGCUACCGCGACCCUUCCAGGGUGGAGUCCAAGCGAGGCGAGAUCCUCCUUCAUGAGCAGGACAAGUAAAACUAAAAGUGUCAGCGGUCGGAAUCUCCUGAAGACAGAUGACUUUUCCAAUGAGGUCUGUGCUGUGCUGAAGCUGGACAAUACCGUGGUUGGUCAGACCUACUGGAAACCUAUUUCUAACCAGUCAUGGGACCAGAAGUUUACACUAGAGCUGGACAGAUCCAGAGAACUUGAGAUUUCAGUAUUUUGGAAAGAUUGGAGAUCCCUGUGUGCAGUAAAGUUUCUGAGGUUAGAAGAUUUCCUGGACAAUCAACGACAUGGCAUGUGUCUUUACCUGGAGCCACAGGGCACACUCUUUGCGGAGGUGACCUUUUUCAAUCCAGUUAUUGAAAGAAGACCAAAACUUCAAAGGCAGAAGAAGAUCUUUUCCAAACAACAAGGCAAGACAUUCCUCAGAGCUCCUCAGAUGAACAUCAACAUUGCCACUUGGGGACGACUAGUGCGAAGAGCAAUCCCCACAGUUAAUCACUCUGGCACAUAUAGCCCCCAGGUGUCCAUUCCUGCUUCUGUUCCAGUUGUGGACACACGGAAUGUAGAAUUAUCUCCAGCAGUUGGUGAGUCUCCUAUAGGCAAGUUAGACUUUGAAAUAGAACCGGAACCACCUACUGCUCCACCUCGGGCAUCUUCAUUAGACCUGGAUUUGUAUCCAUCCCCAUCAGAAAUUAAGACACCAGUCAUACCAGCUCAGGACACGGGACCAAAUUGCGAAUUUACAAAUAACAGAAACAGUGUAGCUUCAAAAUCCUCAACAGACUUGACAAACGAAGGGCCGAUGACGGUGUCUGACCUGGAUUACAGUGCAAUGCAAGAAACGGAGGACAGGCGGGUGCAGCCGCGGUUUCAGUUCAGCCUCCAGGACUUCCGGUGUUGUGCGGUCUUGGGCAGAGGGCAUUUUGGAAAAGUGCUGCUGGCAGAGUACAAAAACACUAAUGAAAUGUUUGCCAUCAAAGCCUUAAAGAAAGGAGACAUUGUAUCCCGCGAUGAAGUGGACAGCCUUAUGUGUGAGAAGCGCAUUUUUGAAACUGUGAAUAGCGUGCGGCACCCGUUCUUGGUGAAUCUCUUUGCCUGCUUCCAAACAAAAGAUCACGUCUGUUUUGUGAUGGAGUACGCAGCUGGAGGAGACCUAAUGAUGCACAUCCACACCGAUGUCUUCUUGGAGCCUAGAGCUGUGUUUUAUGCAGCGUGCGUGGUUCUCGGCCUUCAGUAUUUACAUGAACACAAGAUAGUUUACCGAGAUUUGAAGUUGGACAACUUAUUACUGGAUACAGAAGGAUUCGUGAAAAUUGCUGACUUUGGUCUUUGCAAAGAAGGAAUGGGAUUUGGGGAUAGAACAAGCACUUUUUGUGGAACACCGGAGUUCCUGGCACCAGAAGUCCUCACAGAAACCUCAUACACCAGAGCGGUGGACUGGUGGGGGCUUGGAGUCCUUAUCUAUGAGAUGCUUGUUGGGGAGUCCCCCUUUCCCGGCGAUGAUGAAGAGGAAGUAUUUGACAGUAUAGUUAAUGAUGAAGUCCGAUAUCCACGGUUCUUGUCUACAGAAGCCAUUUCUAUUAUGAGAAGACUAUUGAGAAGAAAUCCUGAACGCAGGCUGGGAGCAAGUGAAAAGGAUGCAGAAGAUGUGAAGAAGCACGCGUUCUUUAGGCAUAUAGACUGGCAGGCCUUGUUGGCAAAGAAAGUGAAGCCCCCUUUUGUACCCACAAUCAAAGGGCGGGAAGACGUGAGCAAUUUUGAUGAUGAAUUUACCUCAGAAGCCCCCAUUUUAACCCCUCCCCGGGAGCCAAGGUUACUGACGGAGGGCGAGCAGGAAGCUUUCAGAGAUUUUGACUAUAUUGCAGAUUGGUGUUGAGAGGGAGGACACUGUGAAACUGGAGAGAACUGGCUGACAAGAUGACUGCAGAAAAGCAGAAACCGUCUUCACCGCUUUGUGCCAUCUUCAGUUCCCCGAUUUUAUUUUAUUUUUUAAAACACAUGAAGAUUCUUUUAAAGUAACUUUUCAUUUUAUAUAUGUAUGAACUCUGUAGAAGAGCGGCCACUUCCAAACAUAUGCCCGUAUUAUUUUUAUAAUUGAGCACUGGAACGCAACUUUACAACUGGCCCACUGAACGCAAGGAUUCGGGGCUGGUAGUCUGUUCUCCAUGUUGACUUUCUACCCGCGGAUACCGGAAUCGUGGUUUAGAAACGAUGCUUUACUGAUCCUCACCGCUAACGAUGUUGAGGAGCAUGUGACCCUAGCUAAGACGGCUCAUGCGUUUUUUUUUUUUUUUUUUUUUCAGAUAAACAGAACACUGUUAAAUUUGUACUUUUUUUUUUCUAUGGCUUUCUAAUCAGAAGAACCGUCUGUAUGAUUAGGAGUGUUGGUAAUAGAGAACACUAAAGCUCUUGAUGCCGGAGCUCUUUCAAAGCACGUGCAGUAAAGUCAAUCAAUAAUGUGAGCUCAAUGGGAGGAACGUCUCAGUCCGGACUAUUGGUCAGUUCAGUUCCGAGGACGGAAAUCGCUUUGGUGUUUGCUCGAAAUAAGGGCCCUUUCCUAUUUAUAUCCAAUGCACCGCUGUCUGAAGCUGGUGCAUCUUCUGCAACAGGGAUUCUGGGUGAAACACGGUGCAAUCCGUAAAUGUCUGCUAUGAAGGUCUUCAGUUUUUUAAGAUCAGCUAAAGCAUCCUGUCCUAAAGCUGUCGGCCUUUUAAUACUAUCAUAAUCCUUCUGGUGCCUUCAUGAGUCACGGCUAUUGAUUCCAUAGCCAGGUCUGUUAUCUGCUCUGCAUUGCACCCAUCACUACUCAUCUGGCUGGGCCUCCUAGUUAACUCCAUAAAUCUUGUGUGUCGUCUUUGUCAUCCUUUUGCUUUCAGCAAGGGAUAUCUUGUCCAGUAACGCGUAUUCCACCGUCUUGAUUUAGUAUUGCCUUAACUUUCUUAGACAACUGCGAGCUUCCAGCUGAGACUCACACGAAGCAUACCAAAGUCACUUGCCAAAUACUUUGCAUUGCAACUUUUCCAUCUUAGAUGCCACGUAGCUCAAUGAUGGCGUUCUGGCUCCUGUGCCAAUGACUUCAUUCAUUGAGAGAGGCAAGGGACUCACGAGGGAAGUUGCAAGCAAUUGUCUCUCUCUGGGACUGGAGUGUUUGUACUGACGUUGCAUUGCACCCAGUAAGGCCGGGUUCACAUCACCGUUUAGUUUUCCGUUCCUCUGAUCCGUCAGAAGAACAGAAAAAAGAAAUAUAUGGAUCCUUUAAUUUAAAGGCGUUGUCCCAUCAUAGACAAUGCGUGCAUAUCCCCCAUUGUCUGAUAGGUUCUGGGACCCGCACCUACGGGGAGAACGGUGGCUGGAGGACCCCAGGUUCAGGCCACUGCCAAUCGCUGUCCCCACACUGCGCUUGCGCAGCCACCGCUCCCAUUAAUUUCUAUGGGGCUAAGGGAAAGAGCUUUUUUUCGGCAGCUUCAUAGAAAUGAAUGGAGGGCGGCUGCGCAGUGCACCCUCAACCAC